UACACUUCCAUAGAUAUAGUAAGGAUAUUGAUUUUUAUGAUAGUUGAAUUCUACAGUAUAUUGUUAUAUCUUUAGUAAAAAUGUGGCAAGAUAAUGAAGUUCGAUUCGAUGUUUCUUACACUCAUAUGCAGCUACGAUUGGGCGAAUUUACUGUUGAUAAACUUGACUUAAUAGAAGAUACAAAAGGAAAUGCAGGAGAUACUGGAAGACUUAUAAUAACUAAUCUCAGAAUUAUAUGGCACUCUUCAUUUCUUCCCAGGAUCAAUCUAAGUAUUGGCUAUAACACCUUUAUAACAAUAAAUACAAAAACUAUACAUAGUUUGCAAGGAAAACAUGUGCAAGCGUUACAUAUUUUAGCUUCCUUCCGACAUUGCAGAUAUGAAUUUCUAUUUACAAAUCAAGAUUUAAAAAGUACAAGACAUUAUACAUCCGUUAUUGGUGUUUACAGAGCAUAUGUUUCAUCAAAAAUUUAUCGUGAAAUUAAAUUGAGAAGUGGGAUAAUUAAUGAUAAGCAAUUAACAUUACUACCACUGGAAACAGUUCAUUCAACUUUGCAAGAUAUUUGGAAUUUAUCAUUAGAACAGGGAAAUGUUGGAACUUUUAUUGUAACAAAUAUACGUUUGGUCUGGUUUGCUGAUAUGAAUCAUCAAUUCAAUAUAUCAAUUCCUUAUCUUAUAAUAGCAAAUAUUACUGUUAAAAAUUCAAAAUUUGGUCCAACUCUAGUCGUUACUAGUACAGAAGCCAGUGGAGGAUAUAUAUUAGGAUUUCAAGUAAAUCCUAUCCAAAAACUUCAUACUGUUUAUAAAGAAAUUUUAAUGUUAUUAAAAGCGUUUGAAAAAUCUCCUAUUUUUGGUAUUGAUUAUACAUUUGAACAUGAGGCUCCAUUACAACAAUUAAACAUAGAACAACAAUCUGAGAUACAAGACAAUCAACCUGAAAUUUCAAAUGUGUUUGGCUAUUAUUUCUCUGAAGGUUCAAAUCAAAGAAAACCUAGUUUUUCGAUUUAUUUAGGUCUUGCAGCAGAAGAACCUCGAGAAACUAGUACACUACAAAGCCUAUGGGAACUUGUGCGUCAAACUUAACUGAUAACAUUAAUAAACUUUAAAUAUUAUGUAAACAGUACUUUAUAUAUAUAUAAUUUAGAAUAUAACUAAUGCUAAUACAUCACAUAAACUUUGAAUAUAAAAUAAAUAUAAAAGUUAAUUUUUUAUUUAUUUAUAAAUUAAAAUUAUAUUUUAAAUUAAUGUAAAAAAAUUAUUACAAUAAAAUAUAUUAUUCUACAUUUUUUCCUAA